GCAGUGUGGACAGGACUGCAGGAGAGGAGACCAGGGAGCCUCGUCGCCUACAGAAAAAAAAAAACCCCUCCUGACUGAACAUUGUUGGCUGUGUGUGUGUGUGUGUGUCUGCACGGGUCUGACAGGGCUGCCUCUCCCCAACUACGGUUCCGAGUUACAGAAGAGGCUUCUCCGACUCAAGCCCCUCCAUCCGCCAUUUUUCAGCAGAUUUGAAAGCAGUCCAUGUGACAAUGCUCCAUUAAGACCUGGUGCCCACUGUGUUGAGGAACCCCACCUGAGCAGAUCAUGGCCAUUACAAGAGGGACAGUGGAAACCCUAGAUGAGAUUCCAGCUCAUGUGUGGAAGGGUUUGCCUGACUGUUUGAAUCUCGGACCUUCUGCCACAAAUCAAAGCCGUGUUGGCGUCUGGGCCACGCAGGUCAUUCCCAAAGGCAAGAGGUUUGGUCCAUUUGUCGGAGAGAAGAAGAAAAGGUCCCAGGUGACGAGUAACGUUUACAUGUGGGAGGUUUAUUUCCCCGCGCGGGGCUGGAUGUGCGUUGACGCUACAGACCCCAUGAAGGGAAACUGGCUCCGAUAUGUGAACUGGGCACGCUCCAGUGACGAGCAGAAUCUCUUCCCUCUGGAGAUUAACAGAGCCAUUUACUACAAAGUGUUAAAGCCUAUCGGGCCGGGAGAGGAGCUGCUGGUGUGGUACACUGUGGAAGACAACCCCGAGAUAACAGCUGCACUGGAGGAAGAAAGAGCCAGCAGUCUGAACAGGAAAAAUUCACCCAGGGCGAAGCGAGCCAGAAGAAAGCUGCUGGAGAGAGCCAGACAGGCUGGUUUGGGUGGAUUCAAGGAAACCAGUGUAACUAAACCUACUGUCAAGGAGAUGUGGGAUGGGAGAGAAGGUCUGAAGGAGGACGAUGAGAGGUCCUCAACCUUAGGGCCCUCACAGGAACUCCAGGAAACCCAUCCCAUUGGAAGCGCUGACCAUAGGCAUGUGGACAGGUCAGCAGUGAUGACAGACAGGGGAAAUGGGGAGGAGGAGGAAGAAGAGGAAGAUGAUGAAGAAGAAGAGGAGGAGGAGGAGGAUGCUGUUGAUGAUUUGGAGGAACCAAGUGAAGUACAGCAACAAACUGCAGCUGGUUUCAUGCAAAAUAAGCAGCCUGGACCAUCGCUGACCCGUGGUGAAGAAAGCCAUAAGGAUUUGCUGGGAAAGUCUUCCUCACUUGUGGGGCAGGAACCAGAGGUUGAUCCUGAUGUUGACCUUGACCCUGAUCCCGAUGGUGACCUAGAGGGUGAUCCCCACGGAGAGUCAUAUCCCUGUCAGCACUGUGAGCGCCACUUCUCUACCAGGCAGGGUCUGGAACGUCACAAUCACAUUCAUGCCAUCACUAACCAGCAAGCACAACUGUUCAAGUGCCGCUACUGCAGUAAAUCCUUUGGUUCACAGGUUGGGCGGCGGCGGCAUGAGAGAAGGCAUGAGAGCGGGCCUAAGAAAAGGCCUGGCUCUCUGGCUGGGACCGCCAGUCUGCUCAGUCCUGUAGUGCAGACUGAUGCUUCAAGUCCUGACUGCACCAGCCCAACUAGCCACUACAUAGCCAUAGGGUCCCAGUUUACAGGAGGGCCUCUGCACAACUCUGAGAUGCAGAGAAAGGAGUUAGGUCCUCAAUCAGACCGUCCCUUUAUAUUGGAUGAAAAUGGAGAGUCUAAGGAACUCCAUCCCUGCAAAUACUGUAAUAAAGCAUUUGGCACACACACCAACAUGCGCCGGCACCAACGCCGAAUACACGAGCGGCACUUGUUACCAAAAGGAGUUCGUAGGAAAGGCAUGCUGCUGCAAGAGGCAUCAGUGCAGCAGCAGAUGCCCGAUGAGUCCCCCAGCACCAGCCCUCCGCCUGUCUACGUUCCCAGUGCGGACACAGAGGACGAGGCAGACAGGGACGAUUACGCAGUUGACAUAUCCAAAAACAUCUCUGAGAAUCUGAGUUUCUACAUCGACGGCAAGAUUGUGUCCACCAGUUCGGUGAGCACCUGUGAGGUGAUCGAGGUGGACUCCAGAUCUGCAGCUCUGUUUGGUCUGGACACUGUCAUCAUCAGUCCAAAUCAGAUCAGUCAGGCCUUGAAGGUGGAGGGUAGGACGAGUACUGCAAAGCAAGUCUCCAAUAUUGGCCAGCCCGCAGCAAAACGAAGAACGUCUACACCCCCACUUGUUCCCAGCCUUAAAGUGGAGACCGAAACGGCAUCUUUCACACCCCCUUCAUCGUCUUCAUCCUCAACAUCUUCCUCAUCUAACUUGUUAGUGGGAGGGCUGUUCCAACAAGCUGCAGAUUCGUCAGCAUUUCAACGAGAGAAAACUGUUUACCUCUCACCAAAGCUCAAACAGCUCCUCCAGACACAGGACAUUCAGAAAUCAACCAUUACUCUAAUAACAGAAAGCCAUAGACUGGCCUCGCCUCUGUCAGUCACGCCACUGCAGGGGGCUUCAGGCAGGUUUAAAAGAAGGACAGCCUCGCCCCCAUCUUCUCCACAGCUCAGUCCUGCAUGUAAAACAGAGAGCAGCAAAGCAGAGGUGGUGAGCCCAUACACCCUUAAGGUGCCAAAGCUGGAAAGCCGCAGUGCUUCACCUCCUGGAAGCCUAGAUGACAAGGAAGAUGGAGACAGCCUGAACCUUUCUGGAAAUAAUAUGCAUGGCCAAACGUCCUCUAAUAGCGGCGGAAACUCCUGUAAUCAGCAGCCCUUGGAUCUGUCAAACUCUGUCAGUAGGAGGAGUGACAGCUUGAACAAGGUGCUUGGGGAUUCAGCUCUUGAUUUAAGCUUGCAUCGUAAGAGCAAUGCCGAGCCUGAGUUAAAAGCAAGUCCAGCACCACAGCCACUGAUAAAAAAGAGGAAGCCUAACACGAGCAUGCUUGAGAAGGUGCUGAUGAAUGAGUACGUGGGUCUACCUUUGCCAGGAGAGGAGGGCCCUGCGGCAUUGGCAAGCCUGACUUGUUUUCAUUCUCGGUCUCCAAAUGUUGCAUCAGAGUCAGCCAACCCAUCUCCACCCUCUUUGACCCCUGUCACCAUGAACCCCUCUUCCCCCGGUAGUUCCAGUGUGACCUCCCCUACCCCGCCUCCCCCUGUACUACCUACCAUACCCUCUCCACCAACUAUGCCUAGCUCUCCUCUUUCUCAGCCUUCUGACUCCUCUGCACUGAGACCUCUUCCUGUACUCUCACCAAAAAUGUCUCCAAGAUCAGUUGAAUGCAAGUCACCGUCAGACUCUGAGGAGAUUUUGUCAGCAGAACAAAAUGAAGACGAGGAAGAGAUCAACGUCCCUGAGCCACUGGACUCCCCGAAGACUCCACUUAAAGAUCCCGUUAAUUUUUCACCACCGUCAAGCCCUCCUGAACCAGAAUCCGUAGAUCUUCCCACUACAGAUGAUCUUUCUCUAGCUGCAACUCGCAACAGUCUGCUAAAUGGCAAAAUGAACCAAAACCUAGACUCUGUAACAGAGAAAUCUCUUGCUGCUGUCUCAUCACAGCCAGAAUCCUCAUCUUCCUCAUCAUCUCCUCCUCCUGCAUCACAUGAUCCACCCCAGCCACUGCUUUCAUCAUCCCUCCCUCAGAUUAAGAUAAAAGAAGAGCCUCAGCACUGCGUAGAUGAGCUGUCAGUCAUGAAUCAUGGAACUCAGGAUGGUGUGGAGUCUUCACCUCACCGCGCUGCUCCUGAAAAAACCUCAGAGGCUGAGGAAGUCGACUCGAUGUACUGCAAGACUUUUGUGUGCAACGUCUGCGAGGAGCCAUUCAACUCCAUCAAAGAGCUCAGCGGACACAUCUCAGAGCACGCUGUCGAUUGGCCCUUCAAGUGUGAAUUCUGUGUGCAGCUGUUUGGUGAUGCCCCGGCCCUGCUGACUCACCGGUCAACACUACAUGGGGUGGGCAGAAUCUUUCUGUGCUCCGUUUGUUCCAAGGAGUUUGCAUUUCUCUGUAACCUCCAGCAGCACCAAAAGGAUCUGCAUCCGAACGAGACAUGUUCACACACAACUGUGGAGAGUGGCAAGCUUAGGCCACAGAACUACACAGAUCCAUCCCGAGCCAAAGAAGAAAGCAGUCUGUCAUCACCAGCGCCAGAGACAACCGAUGGAGCUGCUCCACACAAUGACUCUGAUCUAGCAAAAGAAGAGUGUGAUGUUAAUGGUAAUCAUGCAGAGGAAGGAGCAGUGGCAGAGACAGAGGACCCCAAUGAGGAGCUGUACACUACAAUAAAGAUCAUGGCCUCAGAAGGAGCGAAGCCUAAAGUCCCUGAUGUCCGCCUUGGCAUUAAUCAACACUACCCCAGUUAUAAACCACCCCCAUUUCCUUAUCAUAGCCGUUCCCAUGCUGGCUCUGUGGCCUCGGCUACUAACUUCACCACCCACAACAUACCACAAACUUUCAGCACUGCCAUUCGCUGCACCAAGUGUGGCAACAGCUUUGACAACAUGCCCGAACUGCACCAGCACAUUCUGGCCUGUGCCACUGCUAGUGAUAAGAAGCGUUACACCCCGAAGAAAAACCCCAUCCCCCUCAAGCAAAUAGUGAAGAGUCCGAAUGGUGUGGUGUCACCCUCAGCUGCCGCUGCAGGCCAGAGUGCUUUCCGUAGAAUGGGUCAGCCAAAGAGACUUAACUUUAAUCAAGAUACCGGUAAAACAAAAAUGAGUGCCCUUAGUAAGAAGAAAAACCAGCUGGUCCAGAAGGCAAUUUCACAGAGAAAUAAAGCUGCCACUUUUUCAAGGAAGGCUUCUGUUAAGGUAGAGGAAGAGCAGCCCUCUAAUGUCUGCCCUCACUGCAGUCGAGCGUUUACUUACCCUGCAAGUCUCAAUAAACAUAUGGCUGUCAGCUGUCCCAUGAAGCCUGUUGUUAAAAAGGGCAAAAAAGGCCCCACAGAGGUGAAAAAAGAGGCAGUUUCUGUGGUAGAUAAAAACAUGAAUCUUAGGAAGAUGGAGACACAGCCUAAACCUCUGGGAAAGACCCGAGCUCGUAGCUCUGGAGCAGCAGACCCUGAACCCUCCCAGCCAGGUAAAGGAAAAACUGCUGCUACAGUGGGCCGACUCAAGAGGCCUGCAUCGUUCCCAGUACCAGUUUCUGCUAGCAAAAAAACUAAGAAGGGCCAUGCUCAGUCUCUACCUCCCACCCCUUCAGCCCCGGACACUCCCAGUGACACUGCACAACCACGGCCUGCCAUGAGAAUGCAGCGUAUGGGCAAAGAGGCAGCGCCCAAAAGAUUAGCAGAGGCAAAAUCACCACCACCGCAACAGCAGAAGAAAGAGGAGCGAUUCUCCCUUCGAACACGGGACAGAGUAGGUGGUCCAGUCACCAGGAGUUUACAGAAGCCCAACACAGCUCCUGCUGCUGAGAUGAAAACUGAGGAACCACUGAUUCAAGACCCAAAAGAGACUCAGGAGGUGCUGAUGAAUUGAGCCAUGUGGACUUUGUUGAGCGCUUCUUCCUGGGAAUACCGUGCUCACCUCUCAGGCAACGCUCCGGACUAAUCAAGGCAUUGACGGCACUGAGGUCGAUCUUUUGGUGAUUGGCUCGUUCACUCAGAACAAGUGAAGUCUGCUUAUCUCGACUGCCUUCUGCUGGAUUUAAGGAGGGAACUCUUUUAUCUUCCAUCUGUGUUAUGAACUGAACUGAGCCUUGAUUUUUAGCCAGCCUUGCAAAAAAAAAAGAAAAAGGAAAAAGAAACUUUAAAUGACAAUUAGUUAAUAUAUACAAAGUGAGUCAUUACUUGACCCAAAACAGUAACAUUAGGGCUCCGUUAUGUUGGGAAGCUGAUAUAUUGCAAAUGGCAAUCACGUAUCAGUAAGGGUUAGGGCAACUUGUUUAUUCUUUCGUUCCGUUUUUUCCCCAUUUGGUUGUUUAGAUUUUUUGAUGUUUCCAGAGUCUCUUAAUGCAUGUGCUGAAUAGAGUAUAAACUAGAUUAUGCCAAUUUCCAUGUCUCCUCCAACAGGCACCUAUUUCAGUUAAUACAUGAUUUGCAAAGUAUGUAUGUUUGAUUUAAAUUCCUGUAGUCAUUAUAUUGUAGAAUAUAAUCUUAUUGGCAUAUUUUUGUUUGGGAAACAAAAAUGAAAAUGGCAGUUGGUUUACUGCAACAAUUGGUCCUCAGGAACACUGUAUAUGUGUGUGGUAAGUAUGUGUAUGGUUGGAUGUGUGGCCUGACAGCUAUUCCUUUUGGUCUAAAUCUCAACUAUGUCUCAUGUUUUUACUUGCCGACUAUUUUUGUUUAUCUGACGUUAGCAGGUAAUUCCAGUUGUAAAAUUAUGGGAAUUAUGUUGUAGUCUCCUUAAAAUAAUGUCCGUCUUGAAAAGAAUUUUGUAAUAUCACUCAUUCAGCCCAGUGUUCAUACAGCACUUUAAAAAAAACAAACUGCCAAGAUUUCGAGCUGAAUCAGUAAGAUUGGCUUAAUUAAACGUUGAAUAAUGGAAUGUAUUCAGGUCUGUUGCACUUUGCAGACCUUUUACAGCCUUUCUGUCACUUAAUUGGUUGUCUCCGUUCAGCAUUUAGACACACAAAAAUGACACAUGAACCAACAAAAAUGCAUGAUUAUUACUCUAAUCCUCAAAUGAAUGGAAUGCCGCAGUGUUCUGUAUUUCCUUUGUCCGUUGUAAGAGGACGUGUGAAAAGUUGUUUCAUGUGUCGUUUUUUUUUUUCUUUGAAGAGCCAUGCCACAGAAACGUAACUGAAAGGACAAAAUCACCUGUUUUCUGUGAUAGAUUCAGCAAGACUACCAAUGAAAAGCUUCUCAUUUUCGGUAUCAUGCUCCCCCCCACUCUUUUUCACUCUUGACAGUAUCCAGUUGCGUGACGGAGAUAGCAGGCAGUGCUUAAACGCUUGUAGCAUGUUAUGGGAACGUAAAUUGAACAAUAUGAUUUGAAGCUAAUUUAUAUUUCCACAAGAAAUCUUCAUGUUUUGCCUUUCAGCAUCAAGAUUAUGUAUUUAAGGAUGAACAAAGACAAAAAUCCCUAAUGACCUCAAGUUAAACAUUGCUGUAAUUGACAUAAUAAAAAAAAGUUUUUCAAUUUG